AUGGUCCACGUAGACUACACAAAGACGCUGUACUGUAGCAAGGUGGGGUUGAAGAGGGGGCCCUGGACGCUGGAGGAGGACGAGCUCCUCGCCGGCUACAUCAACCACGAGGGGGAGGGACGGGAGGGACGGAGGCGCACCCUCCCUAAGUGGGCCGGCCUCCUCCACUAUAGCAAGAGCUACUGCCUCCGCUCGAUGAACUACCUCCGCCCGUCCGUCAAGCGCGACCAGAUCGCCCUAGACGAGGAGGACCUCAUCCUCUGCCUCCACUACUUCCUCGGCAAUGGGUACCCUUCUCUUCCUCCCCAAAUUCUCGAAGAUCAUCGAGCCGGAUCAAUCGAGGUUGAGCUUUCCUAA